GUCCUCAACACUUCUCGGGCUCUUCUUAAUUAUAACAAACCCAUGAUAUAAAUCCAAGUCGACCAUUUCCUCGUGUCAAGAUCAAACCAAAGUUCGAUUCAUCAAUGUCGAAUCUGAUUCGAACAGAUCUUCCAAAGAAGAGGAAGAGAGGAGAAAGUAGGGUUUUCAGGCUGAAGACUUUUGGAGAGACGGGACAUCCAGCUGAGAUGAACGAGUUGUCUUUUCGAGAAAACCUCGGGAAGCUACUUGAGUUUGGUCACUUUGAGAGCUCCGGUCUCAUGGGAAGUUGGUCUUUUCAGCUCGAGGUUCAUCGUCACCCAAAUCCUCUCUAUGUGCUUCUCUUUGUCGUUGAAGAACCCAUUGAAGCCUCUCUUAACCUUCGUUGCAACCAUUGCCAAUAUGUUGGUUGGGGAAACCAAAUGAUAUGCAACAAGAAGUACCAUUUCGUGAUCCCUUCCAAGGAAACAAUGGCUGCCUUUCUGAAACUAGAAGGCGGAGGAUAUGAUUUUCCCGAAAAGGAAAGUCUCUCCCAUCUCGUGGAUCUUCAAGGCCAUAUCCUUCACGGCUUCUUUCACUCCAACGGAUUUGGUCACUUGCUCUCUCUCAAUGGCAUCGAGUCCGGUUCCGACUUAACCGGUCAUCAAGUCAUGGAGUUGUGGGAUCGGCUCUGCACCGGUUUAAAGGCGAGGAAAAUAGGGCUGAACGAUGCAUCGCACAAGAAAGGAAUGGAGCUGAGGCUGCUGCAUGGUGUAGCAAAGGGAGAGCCGUGGUUCGGUCGUUGGGGCUACCGGUUCGGGUCAGGGACAUACGGAGUGACUCAAAAGAUUUACGAGAAGGCACUUGAAUCGGUCCGUAACGUACCCUUGUGCUUGCUUAACCAUCACCUGACAAGCCUUAACCGGGAAACUCCAAUCCUCUUGUCAAAGUACCAAACAUUAUCAACCGAGCCAUUGAUCACUCUCAGUGACCUCUUCAUGUUCAUGCUUCAUCUCCAUUCACGUCUGCCAAGAGAUAACCACAUGAAUAGCUCCAGAAACCAAAUCAUCUCCAUCGAUAGUACCAACUGCAGAUGGUCUCAAAAACGGAUUCAAAUGGCAAUCAAAGUGGUUAUAGAGUCAUUGAAAAGAGUCGAGUACAGAUGGAUAUCGAGACAAGAAGUGAGGGAUGCAGCUAGAAACUACAUCGGGGACACCGGUUUGCUUGAUUUCGUGUUGAAGUCGCUAGGAAACCAAGUGGUCGGGAACUAUUUGGUCCGACGUAGUCUGAAUCCGGUGAAGAAAGUGCUAGAGUAUUGCUUGGAGGACAUAUCAAAUUUGUUACCAAGUAGUAACCAAGAACUCAUAACCCUUCAAAAUCAAAUUCCAAUGGGGAAGACGACGACAACGGCGACGAACGGACACAACAAGAUCACAAGAGGCCAACUGAUGAAAGACAUGGUUUAUUUUUACAAACACGUUCUAAUGGACUACAAGGGAGUGUUAGGCUCCAUAGGCAUAUUGAACCAAAUCGGAAUGGCUUCAAGGGCAAUCCUCGACGCUAAAUACUUCAUCAAAGAGUAUCACUACAUCAGAGACACAUCGACAAAAACAAUUCACUUAGACCGAGGGGACAAAUUAGGAAUCUUUUGUACAAUCUUGCGGAAAUGUCAUCAUCAUUAUAACAACGAGAUGAAGAUGCCUCCACAAGAGUGCAUAGUGGUGAACAAAGACGCAACGUUGAGUGAAGUGUAUGGAGAGGCGGAGAGAGUGUUUAGAGAGAUAUAUUGGGAACUUAGAGACGUGGUGGUGGAGUCAAUGGCGGAUGAUCAAAGGGAGAUCACCACAGGGGUCGAUGAAAUGGCCUUGAAUGGGAUCAAAGGAUUGGUAUUAGAAGGGAAUGUGGGAAUGAUGAUGGACAUUGAAGUGAUGAAGUGCUAUGAUGAUGAGUAUAAGAAGAAGGAUAAGAGGAUCGAGUGUGAGUGUGGAGCAAAGGAAGAAGAUGGAGAGAGGAUGGUGUGUUGUGAUAUUUGUGAAGUAUGGCAACACACAAGGAUAAAGAAAGUCGGUCUCAUUAGAAACGCAGCGAGUGCCAUCAUCCAAGCAAAGAAGCCGAUUCGGUUAUUGUCAUCAUUGGUGCCGUCGUCGUCCCCGUAUCUGUUGAAUACCGAGAUCAAGAAUGCUUUGCGAGAAGGCUCUUCGAUGAAUAUAUACGAUCCGAGGAAAGGCAAAAGCUUCACGAUAACAUCAAACAAGGGACUGAUGAUGAUGUGUCCAUCGCGUUACAUAGGAUCGUCUAGGGGAUGGAUUGGUUUCAUGAAUCAUAAUGAUUCCAUCGUGUAUCUGACCAACAUGGUCAACCACAAAGUCAUAUCCUUGCCUCCCCUGGAUCUUGAUUGUCCUGACAGUGACAUGAUUAUCAACAUGUCGCUGUCGUCUUUCCCCGACGACCAAGACAGUGACUUUGUCGUAGCCAUCAAGUUUUGUGGAGGUCGCAUGUGUUUCUGUAGGCCUGGUGACGCAGCCUGGACCGAAACAAAAGGCUUGUCAAGAGUCUUGUAUUGCUCCAAUAUCCUCUACUCCAACCGUGACUCCAGGUUUUACUUGACAACGUUAAGGCUUCCCUCCAGGACCAAGCUUCAUUUCACUGCCCUGAAGUUUGACGGUAGCACGUGCAAGCUUGGUCACCAAGAUUUCCCCGAGGCGAGCUUGUUCCCGGGCCUUAAGCCCAAUUCCGUUUACUUUGCUACCCCUCAUCAUACCGGUGUUUACGAUCUUGCCACCGAUGCGAUCCAUGAUCUCCCUCUCGCUCAUUCGUCUCUUACGUGGCUUGCUCCACUCUCACACUAG